GCGACGGCAGGCUGUGGCAGGCUGUGGCAGGCAGGCAGGCAAGCAGGCAAACAAGCAGACGGAUAGGCAGGCAAAGUAGAGCGAAAGAAGUAAGGAAAGACCCGUAGCACACAGCGGCCAGCAAUUCCACGUCCUUGUCUCGUCGCGUUUAGUCGCUGUUCGUAGGAGAAAAGUUGAAAAAGUUCGACAGGUUUGGAAAGUUCGCGCGUGCAGUGUUUGGUUCCGACGUCACGUCGCGUCGCGCAUCCGACGGCCUGCCUCGUCGCGUUUCGCUCGAGGUUCGCGAGUGUGACGUGUGUCUUGUUACCAUUCUUGUUUCCCCCGUUGGAUUUGGGGAGAAAGAGAGAGACCUCGACGGGGGCGAGAGCCAUGUGCGCCGCCGACGUGAUUUAGCGAUCCGAGAAACUUUGGCCAACGAAAUCGCUGGGCACGACACGGACGCAACGACGGACAUCCAUCGGGCAACGAGGGGCUGAAGACGGCGACGCUACGCGGUCGCAGUCGUUUGGGCCGGAAACGCGAGGAAAAGGGAAAGAUGUCGCUAAGAGAGGCCGACCACCGCCGAUUGAUACGGGCCUGGGCAAGGCCCCAGCGUCUUUUACUAUCGUUUCUGCUGCUCUGGGGAACUCUCGCGGAUGCAACGAGAUUGAGGCAUUCGAGGCACCUGGAUGCGAGAUCGCAGUUCUCCACCGAAGAGGAAUUAACUAUGCCGCAGGGCGAGGAGAAUCACAAUCACAAGCCCGUGUUUUCGAACUGCUCGCACUAUGCGCCGGUCGUGAAAGAGGAAGAGCCGGCGGGCACCGUGGUGGUGAAGGUGCACGCCGAGGACAGGGAUCGUCCCGAGGAUGGAGGCACCAUCACGUACAGCUUCGUGGUCGCUCAGGGCGAGAAGCUGAAAUUCAAGAUCGACAACAAGACAGGGUUGAUCAGGACGACGCAGAUGUUGGACAGAGACGAGCCCGCCCGUGAAAAGGAAGCGUACCUGACGAUACUGGCGACCGAUAACGGGAAGCCUCAGCUCGACGACGUCUGCACGUUCAAAGUAACGAUAGAAGACGUGAACGACAACGCUCCGGUAUUCGACAAAGUGGCGUACACCGAAUCGGUACCGCAAGACUUGCCGUUGAGCAGCGAGGUGAUGAGAGUCUCGGCCACGGACAUCGACGACGGUAACAAUUCGGUCGUCCACUACAGUCUGUCGCCAAAGAAGAAAGAGGACGGGGUCUACUUCCGGAUAGACAGCCGAACAGGAGUGAUAUUCUUGAACAAGACCAUCGACAGAAGUCCCGACUACAAGUUCAGCAUGACCGCUACCGCGAUGGAUCAAGGCGAGAAUCCGAAAUCGAACGUGAUCGACCUGGACAUACGGGUGGUCGAGUCGCACAAGAAGGCUCCGACUUUCAUGCAGAGGCCGCCGGGACCGAUCCUGCUCAAGGAGAACUUUAGCGACUUCGAUCGGAGCAUCGAGAGGCUGACGGCUGUCUCGAAUACCCUCAACGAUACCAGCCUCCUGUUCAUGCUGGUCAACGGUAGAACAGAGCAGACCAACAAAGCGAAUACGUUUAGAAUCAUUCAGAACAAAAACGUGGCGGACAUCAAGCUCGCCCAGCGUCUCGACUACGAAAGCAACAGGAUUUACUCGUUGAUCGUGCGAGUGCAGAACAAGUAUCAGCUGGCCGCUGAGACGGUGAUCGAGAUCGAGGUGGAGGACGUCAACGACAACAUCCCGGCGUUUCGUGAGAUAAAGAAAGGCAGCGUGCUCGAGAACGAACCGGCGGGAGUGCCGGUGAUGCAGGUCCGCGCGAUCGACGCGGAUGGGACGUCCGCCAACAAUCAGGUCACUUACGAGCUCGACAACUUUAAAGAUCUGUUCGCCAUCGACAAAUACACCGGGAACAUCACCACGCUGACGACUUUCGACAGAGAGAAAGAGGACACGUACAACGUUAAGGUGAUCGCGAUCGAUAAUUCUCCCAGCUCGCUAUUCCAGACCGGCGAGCACAACAAGGGCCAGCAAGUGUUUCGCAUUGAAAUCGCGGACAAGAACGAUAACGCGCCUCACUUCGACAAAGCGGUAUACUUGACCAACCCGAUCAACGAGGACGCCAAUCAGAACGAAGUGGUCACCGAGGUGAAGGCCGUCGAUUCGGACACGGCCAGUCCGGUUACCUACAGCAUCAUAUUCGGCAACACCGACGACAGCUUCCUCAUCGAGGAGACCACCGGCAAGAUCCGCGUGAAGAACUUGCUGGAUUACGAGAAGAUCACGCAGUACAAUCUGACGGUUAGAGCGUUCGACGGCCUGUACAACGACACCGCUCUGGUGAAGAUCUUCAUCGAGAACGUGAACGACAAUCGACCGGUGUUUGGGAACUUUGAAAGGAAUCCGACCAUCGAGGAGGAGAAAUUGGUCGAAGGUUGCAUCACCACCGUGGUCGCCUACGAUCCUGACAUCAAGAACCGAAGCGCCGAUCAGCACAUCGCGUACUCCAUAGUGAAGGAAGAUCAGCAGCCACUGAUCGAGAUCGACAAGACCGGUUGCCUGAAGCUGAAGAAACCGUUGGACCGGGACUCCCCGCACGGCUACUCGAUGUGGACAGUGCUCGUGAUGGCCGUAGACGACGACGGAUCUCCAAACGCGUUGAAGAGCCCAGUGCUGGUCAACAUCACGCUGAUCGAUAUCAACGACAACGCUCCUUUCCUCGACAUGCCCUAUCCCGUGAUCUGGGAAGAGAACAGGGAUCCCGGCCGGAUCACGGAGUUGAAGGCCCGUGACUAUGACUCCGACGAGAACGGGCCGCCGUUCAAUUUUAGCAUCGAUACGAGCACCGCGGACGACGAGAUUCUCGAGAAAUUCGAGAUUCGUAGCGCCGAUCUGUACGCCCUGGUUCGAUUCGACCGCGAACAACGUAAGAGUUAUGAUAUCCCAAUCGCGAUCACCGAUCAAGGACAGCCAACCAUGACGGGCACGUCUACCUUGACCGUGAUCAUCGGCGACGAAAACGACAAUCCGAUGUCCGAGGGUUCCAGCUCCAUAUUCGUCUACAACUACAAAGGCGAGGCGCCCAACACCGAAAUUGGACGGGUCUACGUGAAAGACGCAGACGAUUGGGACUUGCCGGACAAACACUUUGCCUGGGACCCGCCGCACGACGGGUUUGAUCUGAAUCAGGAUACGGGGAUGAUUACAUUGCUGUCAGGCACCUCGAACGACACUUUCGUCCUCAAGUUUCUCGUGACCGAACACAGCCUGCGCAUCAAACGCCAUCAGGUGUCCGCGUACGUGAACGUUACCGUGAAGGAGCUGCCCGAAGAGGCCGUUACUAGAUCUGGGUCCGUCCGUUUCUACGGAAUCACCGCAGAGCAGUUCGUCGAGCCCGAUGAGUACGGCGUCAGCAAGAAGGAGGUCUUCCAGGAGAGGAUCGCGAACAUGUUGAACGCGUCGGUCGAAAAUGUUGACGUGUUCACUGUGCUCCAUUCGCCGCACCACAACAACAGGAGCCUGCUCGACGUGCGAUUCGCCGCUCACGGUAGUCCUUACUUUGCUUCUGAGAAGCUCAACACGAUUCUGGCUCAGCAUUCGAAGGAGAUCGAAAGGGAGCUCAGGACAGACAUUUUGCUGGUCAACAUCGACGAAUGUCUCUUCGAGAAGCAGCAUUGCAACGAUUCCUGUCGGAGUUACUUAAACGCCAGCACAAUCCCCUACGCUGUCUACACGAACACCAGCUCGUUCGUCGGUGUCCGAGCGGUGGUGGAUCCACAGUGCACCUGCCACGUGGCGGAGCCGAUCGUUUGCCUGAACGGUGGUACCCCGUUCGCGGAACGAUGCGAGUGUCCACCUGCUUUCGAGGGUCCUAGGUGCGAAGUCCUUGGCAUAGGUUUCCACGGCGACGGUUGGGCCGUGAUGCCUCCGCCUGGUCAAGCUUGCGACGAGUCCCACUUGGGUCUUGAGAUCACGCCCCAUGUCGACAACGGUUUGGUGUUUUACUUUGGUCCGAUCACGUACAGCCCCAAAGUUGGCAUUCAAGAUUUUAUGUCACUCGAGCUGCAGCAAGGAUACGCGGUUCUGUACGUCGACUACGGUUCGGGAACUGCACGUCUCGAUCAGAAGCAGAUCCUGCUCACGGACGGCAAGAGCCAUAGGAUAGACGUUUUCUGGAACAAGAACGUGAUCGAGUUGACGGUGGAUAACUGCGGGAUAACGGCCUGCAUGAGUUUAACCGCGCCGCAAGGUACCAACGAAUUUCUGAACGUGAACGGUCCGAUGCAGAUCGGAGGAACUCUGAGCAACCUCGCGCUGCUCUCUUCGCAGCUCCAAUGGGACUACAAGCCGACCGAGAAAGGAUUCACCGGGUGUAUACGCAACAUGACUUUCAACGGAAACACCUACAAUCUGGGUAUGCCCUCGCUGUCGAGGAACGCGGACCCAGGCUGCAACCAUGGAAUGGCCAAGGCGGUAUCCUUCGGAAUCGAUACCAACUUUUUGGUCGCGAUUUUGGUCUGCAUCGCGUUUUUGUUGAUCUUAUUGCUCGCGGUGGUGGUACAUAGGCGCAAGACAGACGACCUCUACAAAGACAUGGACGAUAUUCGAGAAAACAUAAUCAAUUACGAGGACGAGGGAGGUGGCGAGGUUGAUACGGGCUACGAUUUAAACGUUCUGCGAACCAUUUACGAUGCCCCUCCGAUCGAUUCGAAGAUAGUGUCGGGCAGAGCUCCCGACGAGGUGCCGGACAUAUGCGGUUUCCUGGACGGCAAGAAGGAAAGUUGCGACAAAGACCCCGACACGAAUCCGUUCGACGAUGUCAGGCAUUACGCGUACGAAGGCGAGGGCAACUCCGAGGGUUCCUUAUCGUCUUUAGCUUCUUGUACCGACGACGGAGAUCUCAAGUUCAACUACCUCUCAAAUUUCGGACCCCGAUUCCGCAAGCUGGCCGAUAUGUACGGAGAGGAAGCCAGCGACGAGGAGAGCGACGGCGUUGGAGAACGGGAAAGCGAGAGCUGGUGUUGAGCCUCUAUCCGUUCUGACCUCGUGAUUUGACGCUAAUCGCUCGCAAGCGCAUUUGCAUUUUGUACUUAAACGACGCGCGCGAAACAGAGACAGAAUCGAACCUCUCGGCGUUCUAUCGUCGCCGUCGUAGAUCGAUCGACGGGUGACGGCAAACUGCAGGCAGAGGUGUAGCGACUCGUACCCUGAUCUUACCUUAAUCAGCAAAUCGACAUCGCGACGAGGCGAACCAGCGAAACGGGCCAUGCCCUGUGUUUUUGUAACAAAGAUAUAGUGUAGUUGGUUGUUUCGCGUUCAAGAUCGCACCAUUUCCGAUGUGACCAACAGUACCGUACAUAUCUCUUCGGCCCGGAUCACGGAGUCAUCGAAUCGACGACAUCCGAUGGAACGUCGUUGGAACCACUUGUUGCGUGUAUACUUCGCGGAACGAUACAUCCGCGUGUCUCGGAGUUUGGCAAUCAUUCGAGUUACAAGAUUUUCGGGAUGCUACUUUUACACUUAACAUUAUAUUACAGAAGUCUAAGAGGUGACAUAUGCGCGAGCAUCGCGGCACACCGUAACGCACGACAUCACACCACACCGUGGAUUCGAGUAAAAUUUCUUCCAUCGAAAUCCUGAAAAUUCCACCACGAGACGAAAUCGAUGGAACCGAGAGCAAACGAACUAGUGUCGACACGUUAUUUAACUGAUAGAGUAUUUUCUGCGUUGGAGGUCUGUUUGUGAGUGUUAGGAAUCACGCAAACGUGUGUUUGCGUGUGCAUAUGUGUGCGUGUAUGCGGGAAGCGCAAGAAUGUACGCAUACGCGAGUAAGUAGAUAUAAAUAUAGAUAGACGAGAAUACGCGAACGGAAACGCACGAUCGAGAUACGAUUUUUUCCAAGACACAAACGUGUUUUUCGAGGCUCGCAGACAGAGUCGAGUUACGAGUAGAGUGUCGGUAACGGAAAUGAGAUGGGGACAAAACGAAAUCAUGGAUAUCAUGAUAUCGUGCAGUCAGAACCGAUUGAUAUCGAACGUGCGAUAGAACAUAAAUAAAACUCGAAACACCGAACAGAAAUCGAAGAGAAUAUCUCCACCGCUAAUUCCGAGACCGCGUAGUCUGUGUUUAAAAUAACUGCUUUUGUCUAGGAAGCUGUUUGCUUCGAUCCUCUUUUUACUUUCUCGUUUCUUCCAGUCUUUCGAUCGUUGCUCGUCGUGCUCCGCCUCGGAAAACAAUUUCUACGACUCCACACAUAUAUAUAUGUGUGUGUGUGUGUGUACACAUAUAUGUAUAUAUAUAUUCGUGUACUUAUGUACGCGUAUACGCACGUACGUACACGUAUACGCACGUACGUACACGUAUAUAUGUGAUAAUAAUUUGUAAGCUUUUUGUACGAUAUAACAGUGACGGUAUAUACAUAUAUAUAUAUAUAUAAAUAUAUAUUAUAUAUAAAUAUAUAUCACGAACGCGCGCUAGACGAGGCAGCGUUGUAUACAUGUGUGUUUGCGAGCGUGUAUGCGUGUCGAAAAGAGCGAGAGAGAGAGAGAGAGAGAGAGAGA